AUGGUAGCAUUCAGCAAAGAUGUGUUCGACACCAUAUGCAGAGACAAAACAUGCGAUUCGCUGGUACAUCCCUGGACAAAAGGAUGCUUUAAAGCAGCUCUAAUGAUCUACGCUUCUUCCAUUGUUGGCAGUGCCAAGUUCUAUUCUCUAGUUUAUCUCGCUCAAAUUUUAAUGCGAGGUAAAAAAAUGGCCAAAAAGGAAGAAUGGAUAAAAAUGGGCCGAUUCUACGUGAGGUCCACUUUGUUAGGACUGCUUGUCUCUGCGGUUGGGCUCCAGCUUAUUUGUUUAAUUAGGAAAUUAAUUGGCAAAUUCACUUACCAUUCAUGUGUGUUGAUACCAUAUACUUUGAGUGGCAUCUUCAUAUAUUUAGAACCACCUGCCAGAAGAGGAUUGGUUAUUAAUCUCUUUUGUAAUUUGUUAAUCGAAUAUUUCCUAAGAAGUCUUCAGAGAGCCGGUUACCUAUCCAUAACUAAAUCGAAACAAACACUCAUGUUUAUGGUAGGCAGCUCCCUACUGUUCUACUUAAUGCGCUUGGAGGGGGAUAAAGAAGUAAAAACUCCUUUGUUCUGGUUCUUCUCGCCAGAAAAAGUGAGAAAAAAGUCUGAUGAAAGUCCAAAUGUAUGUCCACACAACGGAGAGUGUAAAAAACACAUAUUGAAGGGCGCCUCUGCAUACUUUGGAAUUGGCCUUGGCAUUUCCUUGGCGAAGCUCAUAUUACCACAGAUCCGAACUCCUCUGAAGGCUAUUUCUACAAUAAGAGGAAAACACUUAACACUAGCUUUGUUCUUUAGUAGUUAUAUCGGUAUUUACAGAGCAAUAAUAUGCUAUUUGUGCCGUAAGAAGGGAUUCGAUUCAGCUUUCUAUGCGUUGCCUGCUGGAUAUGUAGCUGGACUGUCGUUUCUAUUUAAUCCAAACUUAGGAUUAUCAAUAGCAUCAGUAACUGCAGCCUUAAAGCUGUAUGCAACGAUAUUGUACGAAAAGAAAAUUCUACCUUCUAGCAUACCUUUGCCUGAAAUAAUGUAUUGCUUGUGCCAAGGCGUGCUGUUCAGUGCUAGAGUGAUGGAUCCUGAUGUAUGCCCUCGCUAUGUAUUUAAUCUCAUGGAUUCAGUCAGCAAUAAAAGAUCCCUCCAUGUGACUAAAAGUCUCUACGAAACUUUAAAAGUAACAUAG